AUGUACAAAGAUCUUAAUCAUGAAGACGCUGAGCAUGUGGAAAAAAAACUAGCAAAUCUUGAAGGGCAAUCAUCAAAAGUUAUCAGAGAUAUUAUCGAGGCAUCCAAAGGAAAAAGUGAUGUCAUGUUGCUCAGGAAAGACCUUCAAGAUCUACGCAAGUUCCUCUUCAUUAUGAACUAUCGAAAACUCCAUCGGCGGAAUCAGUUUGCUAACAAAAUUUUUGACCCUCCCACCUUGAAUAUGGUAGAAAAUUUUAUGAAGGAGCGUAAUUUACAAAGUACUCGAGAAGUGUGGUUACAGAACGUCCGUGAAAUACUAGAGACCCCGCAUGAAGAUGUCCCAGAUAACCCGCGAAUCUUUAGUUUAGAUAGGUCAGAUUACAAAACACGUAUGAUCGACUGUUUCCUCGCAAUUUGGCAAGCUGGUGAAAAUGAUGAUUUCCGAAAAGAAAUUGGACUUGAUGCAGUACGCACAGUUAUAGGACCUGGACGUCAUUCAAUAUUUGAAUAUGUUCCCCAUCCACCAGCAACUCCAGAAUAUGUUAAUAAUGUAUUUGAUGAUUCAUUUAAAACACAACUGGAUGAUAAAUUUACUUUUCACUUUGUUAAAAUUAAUUCAGCCACUGUUCAUCUUGUAAAUGCUUUCAUACUCAAUGAGGCAAAUCCAGACUUAGUUCUGUCAUACCUUUCUCCUUCAUAUCUCUACAAAACGAUUGUCAAGUAUCAUAAAAGUAUAAAUAAGCUUGGUGAAAUUCAGGAUUUCUCAAGUAUGAAAAAGACUUUGUUCACGGCAUUAAACAAAACCCAUAAGGAAGACUUGAGUCUCCGGAAAAGCAUUCCAAGAGGCCGCACACGUAUUUGGCAUGAAUUUAAGAUGGUUACAGUUACAGAAUCUUGA